AUGUUGGCCGCCUGGCAGGAGCUGGGUCUGAUAACGCAAGUGUUUCCGUUGCACGAAACGAGCGCCUUACAGCAGCUUCAGUCCAGUUGGGUACGGAAGUUUUUCGCCCCGCAACCGCUAGAUGAUAUAGCGGCGUAUUUCGGAGUGAAGGUGGCUCUCUACUUCGCCUGGUUGGGCCAUUACACGUGUGCACUUUGUGUUCCGGCCGUGCUGGGAACCAUCCUGUAUGUCGGCCUCUGGGGUCGCGGUCAGGUGGCACAGGACAUCGGCCAUGUAAUAUUUUCCCUGUUUAACGUGGCGUGGGCUUCCCUGUACCUGGAAGCGUGGCGACGCUACUCCGUCGAGCUUGCCUUUCGGUGGGGAACUUUGUCGACGCCACCGGAACUUUUGGAACCGCCUCGACCAUUGUAUACGGGCUCGCUGGAGGAAAGUCCCGUAACCGGUCGUCUGGAACCACGUGAAACUCCCGCCUGGCAGCGACGUGCGUUCCGGUAUCUAGUUAGUUUUCCAAUUAUUGGACUGUGUUUAGUGCUAGUAUUUGUAGUGAUGUUUCUAAUGUUACGACUCCAGGAUUGGCUCGAUCAGCACUUACCAAAUUCUAACGGUGCCGUCUGGGAUUGCAUGUGCAUGGCGUCUAAGGUCUGGACUACAGUAUUCUACAACAAAACCAAAAAAAACUUAACAAGUUACAAAAUCAUAUACCUUCUUAGCUCUAAGAAAAUCCCCAUUCCGUCCCUUCGAUGUGUUUCUCUGGGAAUGAUAAAUUAAUAGAAAAAAUCAACUUGACUUGGACUUCCCACUACCUACUGCUCAGAUCCAUCAUUCUCUAUGAUAAUGGUAUAACAUACAGAAUUCUAUAUCAAUCUACUAUAUCUCCUUGUUUUAUUUC